UACCUAACCCACUACCCACUAACUAUAAGUUUUGUAAUUAAGCAAAAUGAAAUUUUUGAUAUUUCUCAUUCUUAUCACACUUUUUAUAGUGCAACUAGUAGCUGGUAAUACAACAACAACAGCAUUAACUACAUCUAUUAAUUCAACAGUUUUAGCAACAACAACCACCACAACUGAUUUAACUACUACAACAGAAUCAACUACAUCUAUUAAUUCAACAGUUUUAGCAACAACAACCACCACAACUGAUUUAACUACUACAACAGAAUCAACUACAUCUAUUAAUUCAACAGUUUUAGCAACAACAACCACCACAACUACUAUAACAACUACAACAACUACAACCGUGUCCUUAGAAACAACUACAGCAACACCAAUCACAAUUAUACCAACAAUGAAUACUAUGCCAACAACGACAACAGUAAUGACAACAACAACAGCAGCGCCAAUAACAACCUUAUCUUCAAAUAUAACUGUGAAAACUACAGCGUGGAAUUCAAAAUUUAACAAUUCGGGAAUACUCGGCGCAAUAAACAGAACUGUUGUUGUACACAGUUUAGUACACUGUACGAGCCUCUGUGUACGAACUGAUUGUAAUGCAUUCACGUUUAAAGAGGUAGAGGGAGAGAAAAAUUGUUCUUUGUAUCAAAUAGAGGUGAAGAAAGAAAACCUAAUUGUUGAAAAUGGUUCUACUGUUUUCGCUUCAGCGACCCAUUUCUGUACUUCAGAUAUUGUAGGACUUCACCCUGUGUUUUGUACAGACUUUCGAAGUUGUAUCAAAAACAGGUGUAGGUGCAAGGGCGUUCUGGAGGACGAGUUCGGGUGUUAUAGGGAUAUCUCUUUUCAGAGAGUGCACAAUCCAGAACCCAGACUUUUGGAAUGGUUCAACUUAAAUACAGCUCAGCUAAAGACACCUUAUAAUUUCAGCAAUUUAAGUAUACCAAAGAACUGUACCUCUACAAUGAACUGCACUAUAGUGUUUGCAACCCCAGAACCUUGGAAUCUGUUUAGAACCAGCCUUUAUGGGUAUUGGCCCUCUCCGGUUCCGUUAAACAUUGGACCAACAAUUACAAUAAUGUGGUUUAUGGAUGAGAAACUUCAUGUUCAUAUCUCAGAGUUUGAUAAUGUAACAGAGGAAGUGGGAGCAGUUCCAUUUAACAUAAAAGAUGAGUUUAAUAUUAUCUGUGAUGGAGAAGAUCUGAUUGUCCAGGUUGGAAAUAUCUCUUUAACUUCACCAAAAAUGAGAAAACUACAACUAAUGUUGCAAUUGGGCUCAGAUUAAGAAGACUAAUUUAUCUACAGCAUACAAGUUUGCCACCGAGUAACAGUGUUCCUAACAACUUUCUUGGCUCUCGUUUACAUGACUUGCCAGAUAGGACAUUUGAAUUUGAAGUUUCCGAUAAAACAAGAUGGUUUAGCCUACCAAUUUGUUUAGGCAGAAGAGUGCUUUCAGAAAACCAAACUGGAUUUCUUUUUUAUUUUAUGAUGUCAACAAAUGUGAGUGAAGGUUUUCACUGUAGCAAAGGAAAAUAAUCAAACAUUGAACACAACAGAUAGCACCGAAACAGAUAGCACUGAAACAGAUAGCACCGAAA